AUGGCGAGAAGAACCUCCUCCGACCCAGAGCCUCUAGACCUGGACCCAAUCUCCACCUGGCGCGCCUUGCAUGCGCUAUCCAUCUACUUCACGGUCCUCCUAAACCGGCAACUCCGCCGACGCUGGCUCCUCGAACACAAAUGCAUGAAAGACAAACCAGCCUCUGACCGCUUCUUCCCAUUUGUCUUCCUCGAAUCGAUCCCAACCCUCCCCAAGCCACGCAUUCCGUCCUCAACCAACAAUAUCAGACCCGACGACGAGAAAAACCCCUACAAUGCCGCAGCCCUAUCGACCCUAAAGGCAAAAGUCCACCUCCUGCGUGGGCGCGUCGAAAAGGGCAAAGAACUCGCGUCCGAGAUUGAGCGCCGCAUGCUCGAUCCGCUCGUCACCUUCCCGACACAUUUCUGUCAUACCUGUGUCGUUGGCGGUGAUGAGGGUGAUGUGCUUUUGACCAAGUGUGGACACAAGGUUUGUCGGACUUGUCUUGGGUUUGGGGUUGAUGGGGAGGGUCGUUAUGACUGCAGCAUUUGUUUUCUACCGGCUCAGAUUGUGCAUAGCUCGCCGUUGGGACCGCAUAGGUCGUGUUCGGAGAAUUUCUCUAGUGUUUCGCGGACGUUGUUGCCAAAGGGGGAGAAGGUCGUGCAGAGUUUGAGAAAUCCGCUUGUUAUUAUGCCCUAG